CCGCGCGCAAUGCACUGCUCAUCUCAGCUCCCUCCUAAAUCCACAACCACUCAAAGCUAAAAUAACCUCCGCCAGGGUAAUCUUAAACCAUUCCCCUUGCUUCCCCUAACCCGAGAGACUGGGGAUAAAGCUGUGUCAAAGUGCGAGGCAACAAAAAAAAAACAUCCGACAUUUUCGAUUGAAAUUCACGAUAUCACAAAAGAGGGGGGAGACCCUGAGCUGGAACUGGAGAUAAAUAAAAAUUGAAAAAAAAAAAACGGUGCAGUGAAAUCGUUUGUGUAGUGAUACAAUCCCAAUGGCUCCACAAAAAACAUCAGUUUCUGCGCGAUGCGCGUGGCGCUCUGCGCCGCAUAAUCUUGCGUAUCAGUGACCGUCAGUCAAUCGUAGAGUCAGUCGUGUUUUCCCUCUAAAAAAAAAGAUAAUAAUAAAUAGACGAGUCAAUACAUUGUGAUGGAAUUAAUGCAAUUCAGUGUUACUCAAUCUCGAUAAAACUGAAAAUCAUGACAAACAAAUGUGUCGUGGAGUUGUGAAUUAGUUGAUGUUGACGGGUUGUUGCGAGGCCAGUGUUUACCAUGAAAUUUGGGUUGACAUGGUUAUUCAUGGGUGGUAGGAUUUGUCAGUGAAAAUGUCAGAGUGUAAACAUUUUGGGUUGUUUUAUCCCACGAUGAUGACAUACUGAGGGUAUCAGUGUUGUGAUCAGCCAAUUGUCCUUUGUUUUACUGCUCUCAGUACAGCUCUCGGUGUCUAUCGCUGGUGGAUUCGUCGUGGAAUAAUAUUUUGGUAGUUGUGUGCGAAAAAUAAAGAGGUGGAAGGUGGCGUGAAAAUAAAAAAACAACUCGUGUGCAGUGGGGAGGUGAUAUCUGUCUCACCAAGCAGUGGUGGUUUUUUUUUUUGGUGCGACUUUUUGGAGUUGAAUAAUUGAUCAACGCUCGGUGAAUAGUCCGAGUUGCUGUGACGACUGAGGUGAAUAUUCAGUGGUGAUUUGUGGUGUUGGGGGGAGGAGGAAAUUAUUUGGUUUAUUGGGUGAAUUUUUAGUUUAUUUUAAUUUUUAUUCUUUUGGGAAAAUAUUUAGUGGUAUCUUGUGAAGUGGCCAUCAUGGCGAACCCACGGAAAUUCAGUGAAAAGAUCGCCCUUCUCAACCAGAAACAGGCAGAGGAGACAGCUGCUUUUGAAGCUAUUAUGCGUGAGGUUUCGGAUGUCACCAGUCGGGUGGCGUCAGCAAGCAGUUCAGUUGGUACGAGUCCUACUGGAACUGGUGGUGUCCCAGAGACUCUCUCUGUGAAGAGUGCUGGUGCUAGUCCACCCCAGUCCAGUGGCAGUAAACAUCUUCACAUUAACCUGGGAAAUCAGUACACGGGUGGAGGAUCUCUGCCAAAUGUUAACAACACUGUUACAAAGAGAGCACCUACGAAAGAUCCUUCUCCAAAUUCUGCUGCUAUUCACUCUAUCGAUCUUAAGACGGCACUAAGUAAUCUAGAAGAAAUGCAGCACAAUCCAAUGCUGUACAGAAGUAAUGAGCGGGGUAGGAGUAUGCAUGGUGUUGGACCAAUGAGAUCAAGACCGAUGGAAAAAAGAUACGAUACAUCGCCCUAUAGUGGUACCUACCUGUCACCUCCACUGCCAGACACAUGGAGAAGAACCAAUUCAGAUUCGGCGUUACAUCAGAGUGCCAAUGAGGCCUGUCAAGCCACAUCUCCAAUUCCCCAUCGCAGAGGUAGCGAUGCAUAUCAACAUGCGAUGGGCAACACCUCUGGGGACACUAGGGAUGGCCAUCACGGGUUUAUCGAACGACCAAGAUCUUCCUGUGAGAUGCCUCGAGUGCCCGGAAUCCACAUAUAUCCAAGCUCACAACCACCAGGUCCCCAGACACCAAUUGGUAACAAUACGGGUUCUCUGCCAGAUCUAAGUAAUGUUCACUUCCCAUCGCCACUUCAUACACCACUGGAUCAAGAGGAUCACUCGAGUAGUACGCAAUAUAGCAACAGUCCUCAAACGGGCAGUCCUACGACAUUAUCGCCAACGAGUUUGGCACAAGCUGGGAGGCUAUCCUUUUCACAGGACCACAGCCCACCAGCAGCCCAAGGUGUGGCAUUGGAAAAUAGCACAAGUACUUCGCAACAGGAUCUACAGUCCUAUGGGCAAACCACUGCUCAACCACCACCUUCAGCUUCACAUAGUCCUGCUCAUCAUUACAUUUAUCAACAGCCGCAUAGUCCAGUGCCACCACAAAGUCCAAAGACGUCGCAACCUCAGCAUCAACAGCUCAAUUCCCUUGGGUCCUACAGGACAAAUCAGCAAGUGAGGCCAUCACCCCAGUCAUCACCUGGAUUAACAGUUCAAGGGAGUCCUCUCAGCUACAGCAACAACCCAUCGGCACCACCGAGUCCCACAGGCCAUCCUGGACCACCGAGUCUCACAUCAGACAGCAUAGACCAGAACAGCUACUUCAUUAAUCAGGCACAGGCUGCUGCACUCCAGCAGACGUUUGAGCAGUUUAAUAUGAUGGACUCGACGGUAGAUCCCAACAGCAUCAAUUCGUACAUCGGGUCGACGAACGACACGUCGAGCUACACUCAGAACGAUAUGAUUAAUGUGGGAGGGGAAUUGGGUAGCAGUGACGGGGGAUAUUACAGUACGAGUCCUCAAAUGGCAUAUCAACCGAGGACACCAACUACGACGCAACAGUUGACGCCGCAAACGCCGAAUACACCUACAAUUAUACUGACGGAUUUUUCGGGUACAGACGACCUAACGAGUCCGGAGUUUGCCAAGGACUUGGGCUCAUCGAUGUCUGGGGAAUUUGAUCCAGACUUAUUCACAUCGGACGAUGCCCUGAGACAAGGUCUCGGCCCCAUUGACCUGGACGGUCUACAGAUGCUCACCGAUCCCGAUAUGGUGAUAUCAGACGUCAAUGCCGAAGAACACUUUAGGCUAGAUCGUCUUUAAAUAAUUAAUUUUAUUUAGCUAGAGAGAUAAUCAUUUGCAAAGCAUUUUUUUUCAAUUCCAGAAGCAUGAAAUACCGUUUAUGAGAUAAUUGAAAUGAUCAUCAAGUCAUAUGUGGGUUCAAUUCACACCACCAUCCCUCAUUUUUUUUUCUCUCCUAGAAUUAGUUAUUGUUUUUAUCCUGGUGUUCGUGGGAUUUUAAUUCGAGAGGAGGACUUAUUCAAUUGACGUUAUUCAAUACUGAGAUGAAUUAAUUCAAUCUACUUUUGACGAAUCUCUGCGAUUGAUUUCUAUGGGGAGAUUGAUCUAUUUAUGGUUUGAUUUGUUUCUGAAAAUAUCUACUGCUGGGGUGAACAGUAAAAUUGGGUAACAACUGACCUUUUCACGGAUAAUAUGCCCCUCUAGCUCCAUUGUUUUUUAUAUAUUGAACAUUCUGUUGGAGAAAAUUUAUUUUCGGCUUGAAAAAAUAUUGUAGCUUGUUAUCACGGUUUUUAAUGAAAGAUUUGUUGAAGAAUUACUGAAAUUAAAAAAUGGCAAUUAGGCUAAUUGAAUAAAUUUUCAUCGAAUUCAAUCGCAGAAGCCGAUAGUACGUGAAUUCUUUAUUGACUCCAGAGGAUACUAAAAUCCCUCUAUGCCGAACAACUUUUUACCCAUAAAUCUAAUUAUUCGAUUAGUCAACGAUUCAAUUGAUUAGAAUCAUUGAAAAUUCAUCGUCGUUUUAAGAAAAUUUAUCAAUUGUUUUUUUUUUAUUUUAUACUACUUUGUACAUUGUAUCAUAAUAUGAUCUCUGAAAAUGCACAAAAGAGUGAAAUUUAUAAGCGUAAAGGAUUAAUGAGUGACAAAUGUGAAGGACAACAUUGAGAGUCAAAACGUUCAAUUAAUUUGUUAAACUCAACUCGAAUAAGUGACUGGAAACUGUAGAUAAAGAUUUUCUUUUCUUAAAUUAAACAUUUUUCCUCUGUUAAAUAAAUUUUUCAUCGUCGGCUUUAUAUCGAAACGGAAGAGAUUUAUAUAUCGUGAUUUGCCUCGAGGCACUUGAGUGUAUAGAUAUACUGAGAAGUUAAAUAUAUAUAACUAUUUAAGGGAAAAGGACUGAUGUUGAGAAACGUAAGAUGAAAUCAUUCAACCAGUGAAUUUGCGCCCGAAGGAAUGUAUUUCAUAGUCAAUACCUUCUCUUCUUUUUUUUCAUUAUUUUUCUUUUCCUCAGCCCUUUGUACUUCAUUCGUCGAUGUUUUACACAACAAUCUCGUUCUUUUUGCAUUAAAAGUCUCGGUUCCUUUCAGCUUCUCGUGUGCAGUAGUUUCCAUCAACUUUCAGUGACAUUUUUAUUAAACGAAAAUGAAAUUUCAUUGACGAAUUGUCAUUCAGGGAAAUCAAACGAUUCUCCAUUUCUUGCCUGCAGAAGUCCUUGUUCUCUGCAUUUCUUACGGUUAAAUUAUUCGUCAGUGUUAUUAACGGGAAAUUUUCUCUUCAUUUUAUUGAAUUGCCAUGAUACAGGCCUUCAGCAUGCUGUGAUAAUUACUUGUUGUUAUCUGCAUAUCAUUUCGAUCUUUUUACUAAUUUUAAUGGCUGAGGUUAAUGAGGAUGAGCUUAUUGAACGAGAAUAUCCGUGGAGAGUUUCACGAAAGCUGGGGGUAGAUUCAUUUAGAUAAUUGGAGACCCACAGAAUCGAAUUUCUAGUUCCGAUGCUAGAGUUUUUCAUUAUAUAAACAGUUUUCAAUUCGUUCAGUCCUAACUAAAAGACUGUUUCGUUCUAUUUAAUUUCCAACAAUGAAGUAAUUAAUGUCCACUCGUAUACAAUUUCUUAUGAAUUCAGGUAGAUAAUUAUGGAAUGACGGAGAUUAGGGUACUGGAAUGAUAACGGUCAUGGGGAACAAUGAGACAGAAAUAAUAAAUAAAAAAUUGAAUCAUAAUAAAUAUAAAUUUGUGGCACGUAUUGAUGCUCUCGCCUGUACCCUCCGCGAUUGUCAAUUGAUUUUUUGAAAGUAAUACUGUACUUUAUACAUAUUUGACUAGUCGUUAAUGAAAGAAUUGUCGGUGAGGUGAAUGGAGACCUUUUGAUACAAGAGGCCAGAGUGGAUUUUACGAAGAAAAGAAUGUUUUUAUCUACAAAAUCUCGUAAUAUAUCGACAAAUUAAAUCGAGGGAAAAGAAAAAUUAUAAAAUUUUCGUGUUCUAUCGUUAAGAUAAUUUGAUACAAGUAUAAGUGCGUGAACGAAUUCACCUGGUGAGGGAUAAAUAAAACAUUAAUUCGAGUUAUUUUUCUCUUCCCUUAAUCUCACUGGGAAAUCAGAGAGCUUUUGACAAUUAAAAGACUAAACUGAAUGGCUAGAGGGAAAAUUGAAGGAAAAUGGUAGUGGUUCGGUGAGAGAUGUUUCCAGUUGUUUUUAUUGAAUUCUCAGUGUUUGGAAGUGGUGCCAAAAAAUAAGAGGUCUGCUAUCGAGGAAUGGGGAGGUAAUGUGGUAUUUUAUUCACUUAGCUUUGGAUUUUUGUUACUCCAGCACAAGUGUUUAGUACUUAAACAAUUGGAGGAUGAGGUGAAAUAGUAAUCGGAUACAUGAGAUUGACAUUUGACGAGGGAGCUAGAGUGUGUGAUGCUAAUCAGUCGAAAUACUAGUCUUUAUUGCUUGUUUUGCGAUGGAUUUUAUUCAAAGUUUAAUCAGGGGAUGAAGUUAACUUAAUUUACUCAGUUUGUUCACAAUUUGUUGAUUCGGGAUGAUUUUUUUACAUACAUCAUUCGACUUAUCUCCUCACGCCACAGACUAGGCAGAAUUAUUGUUGAAGAUUCUUUUUUUUAUAACAAAAACGACGAAGGGAGGGAAAAGUACAAGAAACGUAGAGCUGAAUAUUGCCCAAGGGAUGAUGAGAGUGGAACAAGGAAAGAAUUUUAUUAUCUGUUACUCGUUUCAUCAGUUUAUAAGACAGUGCGGAAUAAACAGGGAGUCGGGAUUUUUUUGUAAUUAUUUGUAAAUAA